CAAAAGGUAAAAAUGUCAACGCAACACGAUAGGGAAAUACUUGAUACCAUAUUUAAUCCUUUAGGGCCCCUCGCAGACAAAUUGCCAGAUGAGGCAACUGACGAAUCUGUUAAAGAUGAAGAAGAUGAAAGUGAUCCCACCGUCAAAGCUGCAAAGCAACUGGAAAUGGAUGCAGUCACCCUUGCAGAAUCUGGAAAUAUUGAGGCUGCCAUUAACCUGUUUACUAAGGCCAUAGCUACGGCACCUUCUAGGCCUUCUGCAUACAACAAUCGAGCGCAAGCAUACAGGCUCUGUGGAAAAAUUUCAGAAGCUGUCGCAGACUUAAACUUGGCGAUACAGUUGAGCAACGGCCAUGGUAAAUCGGGGUGCCAAGCACUUUGUCAACGAGGUAUUAUUCAUCGUAAGGAGGGCAAUGAUGAUCUAGCAAAGGAAGAUUUCAAAGCUGCAGCAAACUUGGGAAGCAAAUUUGCAAAGCAUCAGCUAGUGGAAAUGAAUCCAUAUGCAGCACUCUGCAAUCAGAUGCUUCAUGAUGUUAUGAAAAAAUUACAGGCACAGGAAGCAUAAAACACUCAAUUGUGUCAUAUGGAUAUACGGAAACUGGCAAUACUCUUUGAACUUCUGACUCUGUUACAUUAAACAUGUGGGAGAAGGGAUACUAAGCAUGCAACACUAACUGAAGAUAAUCAUGCAAAUUACUAAAUAAUGAUAUUAACAGUAUCUUUCAAGGUGUUCUGAGGAAUGGCAAAAAAGGAAAAAAAUUGCUAAUGAAAAUGGUUAAUGGUUAAUUCAGGAAAAAGGUCAUACUGUAUAUUUCAUUAUCAAAAUAAGCACUGUUCUUUAUAACAUUUAGAUUACUGUGAACUGUAUCCAAAAUCAUCCCCAAAACUCCUCUGGUACUGCAUCUUAUAUUUCCCAAACAUAUGAUAGUAAUGAUUAAUGAUUAUUAUUAUUAUUAGUAUUCCUGGUCAAAUCUUUAUACUGGGUACCACUUCAGCAACUUGCAUGUCCCUGAUCCUUUAUUGUGAUUGAAUUUGAACCACGUGGUGUUCCAAGUGAAACUUCACAUGAUUAAGAGGUGGUGACUACUUUAAAGGCAGACUAAAACUACUUUAAAGGCAGACUAAAACUACUUUAAAGGCAGACUAAAAUAUUCCAUAGUUUGACUGAAAUUGGAUUCCUGACGUUUCGGUUUCCAGGCGUGUACUUUACCACUAAGUCUGACAGUGUAGUGAUAUCCAAUGUUUCAAUCAUAGUAUCAAGCUGAUAGUACCACCAGACACUUUGGCUUUCCUGAGAAGUGUAAUAUUAUUUAUACAAAAAAGUUAUAAAACUAUUUAGUGAUUUCACAAAUGAUUGUAAAAUACCAGUUUUGAUUUACAGUAAACUUAUGUACUUAUUACAGAACAGUAAACAUCUAGCACAGUA